AUGCCCACAGCCCUCCGGCCCACGGCAGUUCCGGCGGGGAGCCCCAGCACAGCCGGGCCCGUGACCACUACGGCACUGCCCCCAGAGCCGAGUGUCCCCACACAUGAUCCCACCACAGCCCUGACCACCACACUGCAGGAGCCCGAUGCUGAGACCAUCCUGGAGCCAGCUGCUGCCACCAAACCCCCCUCCACAGAGCGCCCUGCUCCCCGUGACCUCGUUGCAGGCAGUCCCACGGGACGUCUGGCCACCACCAUGCUUCCUGGCUCCAGCACCGGGACAGGACCAUCCGUGGGGACAGCGCCCGCCUGCAGCCUGCAGAUCUGGUCGCUGCCUCCCAACGGGACGCGGGGCAGGGCCCUGCGCAUCGAGUGCCGCGCACAGUGCGCUGGGAACGCCACGGUCCGCUGGCUGCAGACCCCGGUGGCCCUCUCGCAGUACCGGGAGGAGGCGGUGGGCAGCAGCUCCACGCUGUGGCUGGACCGCACUGAGCCCCGGCACCAGGGCCACUACCAGUGUGUCCUGCUCGGCCACCGCUCCCAGGUGGUCAGUCUGCAGCUGACAGUCUUGGAUGAGUCGUUCAGCGCGGGCCCCGCCAUCGCUGCGGGGACAACGGUCUCGCUGUUGGCACUGAUCGUGACUGGCGUCAUGUCUCGUCGCCUGUGGAAACGAUUCAGAUCUCAGUACGAGCUGCCCUAG